GCCGAACUGCCCGCAGCCGACCAGCUCAAUGCGCAUGCAUCAUCGAAUCGAGUAGCACCACGUCGGUUCACAACAUCUCCCCGUUCCUUUGGUAUUGCCGCAACGAGGUUCUUCGAUCGACCUUUCCGUCUUCCCCAGAGUUCCCAUUGUUAUUGUGCGAUCAACACGACCAUGGCUCCCACUAUCCCUGCCACGGGGACACCUUCGGCCCCAUUACCACCCGAUUCGUCGCUGUGGGAUCGCAUCUCGACAUGGGUCUCGGAGCACAAGGCCGUUGUCUACACUAUUGCCGGCGUGGCCGUUGUCGUCACCACGGCCGGUGCUGUUUACUACAUCCGCAGCGAAUCCAAGGACACAGCACCCAGGCCGAGCAAGAAGGAGAGGCGGAAACGGAAGCAGGCUGAGCGGGAAGCAGAAGAGAAGGCAGCGGCGUCAGCAAAGCAGGCCGAGGCUGCUGCUUCUGCGGCCAAGACUGCCACGGUUGAGACCGCCGACGAGCUGCCCGAGAUCGACGAGAACACCGUCCCGCGACUUUCGGAGCUCGAGCGCAAGGAAUACGCCCAGAAGCUGAAGGAGGCCGGGAACAAGGCGUACAAUGCUAAGGACUUCGAAAAAGCCAUCGGUCUCUACUCCAAAGCUAUUCUUUGCAAGCCCGACCCUGUCUACUACUCCAACCGUGCCGCCUGUUACAACGCUCUCAGCGAAUGGGAGAAGGUCGUCGAGGAUACCACGGCGGCCAUCAGUCUCGACCCCGAGUACAUCAAGGCUCUGAAUCGCCGCGCCAAUGCCUACGAUCACCUCGGCAAGUACAGCGAGGCUCUUCUCGACUUCACCGCGAGCUGCAUUAUCGACGGCUUUAGGAACGAACAGAGUGCCCAAGCAGUGGAGCGGCUGCUUAAAAAGUUGGCCGAGUCGAAAGCGAAGGAGAUUCUGCAGACCAAACCGGCGAAGCUCCCGAGCUCUACAUUUGUUGGGAACUACCUCCAGAGCUUCAGAGCCAAACCGCGCCCUGAGGGCCUGGAGGAUUCGGUGGAGCUGUCGGAGGGGACCGGAAAGGGCCAGCUUCAAAAGGGUCUGAAGGCACUGGAGAGCAAGACCGGCCCGGGUUACGAGGAGGCUGCGGAAGCCUUCGACAAGGCUUUGGAGCUGGGAGACCUGGGAGAGCAUGAGGCGUACGCGUACAACCUGCGUGGUACCUUUCGCUGCCUCAAGGGCAAGCACGAGGAGGCGUUGGCGGAUCUCUCGAAGAGCAUCGAGCUUGAUCCUGAGAUGACGCAGAGCUACAUCAAGCGGGCGAGUAUGAAUUUGGAGCUUGGUGCUCCGGAUAAAGCAGAGGAAGACUUCACAGCUGCCUUGGCGAAGAACGCCGAGGAUCCCGAUAUUUACUAUCACCGUGCUCAACUGCAUUUCAUCAAGGGCGAAUUCGCUGAGGCGCAGAAGGAUUACCAGAAGUCGAUUGACCUGGAUCGCGACUUCAUCUUCUCCCACAUCCAGCUCGGCGUGACCCAGUAUAAGAUGGGUUCCAUUGCUUCGUCUAUGGCCACCUUCCGGCGAUGCAUGAAGAACUUCGACAAGACGCCGGACGUUUACAACUACUAUGGCGAGCUGCUCCUGGACCAGACCAAGUACCAGGAGGCCAUCGAGAAGUUCGACACGGCCAUCGAGCUCGAGAAGGAGACUAAGCCCACGUGCAUGAACGUGCUGCCGCUCAUCAACAAGUCGCUUGCGCUGUUCCAGUGGAAGCAGGAUUUCUCAGAGGCUGAGAAGCUCUGUGAGAAGGCCCUCAUCAUCGACCCCGAGUGUGACAUUGCCGUCGCCACCAUGGCCCAGCUACUCCUCCAGCAAGGCAAGGUGACAGAGGCGCUCAAGUACUUUGAGCGGGCAGCUGAACUCGCCCGGACCGAAGGUGAACUGGUCAAUGCUCUAUCGUACGCAGAGGCGACAAGAACCCAAAUCCAGGUCCAGGAGAAGUACCCGAAGCUGGCCAGCAAGCUGCAGGGCAUGGGCCAGGGCGUGAUGCGAUAAAGCGUCAUUACACUCCCGCAAUGACCCUUCCGUUAGAAGAUGAUUCAGGGGGAAAAGAAAAUCAAGCAGACUGCCCCAUCCACCGGCGAGUCUGUCGGAGAUAUGUUGAUGUAUAUAAAGAACGAACCACAGAUGCAGCCCAUAACUGGGUUGACCU